UGGACUUUAGACACACGCAUAGAGCGCUGGGAGGGUCUGUGGAGAGCCACACUAUAUUCAGUGGAGGAGUGCAGCAGGAGCUCACAGGCAUGUAGCAGCCUGUGGAUACUCAACAAAGCACGUCAUCUGGAGGUUAGACAACAACUCAUGAAUUGUGUGGGAAGACAUAAGAGCAUAAAUAGCCUGACACUGGACAGAGGAUUUUCUGUUUAAAAAGUGAAGGCAGCACUGAAGACCAUGUCAGCCGCUGCACUGGAGGAGUACUGCGGGUCCACCUUCUGGAAUGCCUCGUACCUGGAGGGAAAUGACCCGGAUCUCCCUGUGUGUUUCGAGCAGACAGUGCUGGUUUGGAUCCCGCUCACCUUUUUGUGGCUCAGUGUACCAUAUCAUCUGGUUGGCCUGUGCAAAAAGGCUAAAGUCAACUCAAGGCAUUUUUCCAAGCUCUACAUCUUCAAACAGUUUGUGAUGUGCCUCUUGUUGCUGGCUGCAGUAGCAGCACUCGGAGUUACACUAGAGGAAGAUUUUGGUCAGGGCAGAGAUCCAAAUGCACCAAAGAACACAGGCGUGUACUAUGUAAACCCUGUUCUGUAUGCAGUGUCAUGGAUUGUGAUCAUGCUGUGCCAGGAAGCAGUGAGAAGGAGAGGGUCUGUAGACUCUGCCACACUCUGCCUCUUCUGGUUGCUUCAAAUUCUCUGCCAUGUCUUUCCAUUUCAAACUCUGCUAAGAGCAGCCCUCAAGCAGGGGAAGGUCAUCGAUUUGCCUCGGUUCUGUCUUUUCUACAUUACUUUUGCAUUGGAGGUGUGUGCAUUUGUCCUCUCUGCUAUAGCCGAUGUUCCACCUGAAGCCUUGGAGCGAGUAAAAAGGAAUCCUGAAGAGGGUGCAGCAUUUUUGAGUAGAAUUACUUUCAACUGGUUCAACAGUAUGAUAUUUACAGGCUACAAACGUCCUUUGGUCCAAGAGGACAUGUGGGACUUAAAUGAGGCAGACAGCACGUCUUACAUCAACAGGAAGUUUCAGUCUAACAUGAUGAUUGAGUUGGCUGCAGCUCAGAAAAGACAAAAAAAAAAAAGGGACAAGGGGAGAAACAAUGAUAAUAUCCUUCCAAACGGCGUGUCCAAUGGUCUGGGCAAAGGUGUCAGUCAGGAUGCUCUUGUGAUGGAAGAAAUGGCGAAAGCUAAAAAUAAAGAAAAGAAGAAAGGAAAAACCAAAGAGGACCAAGAAGAUUAUCCGAGCUCAUGGCUAAUUCCCUCCAUUUACAAGACGUUUAAGUGGGUUCUGAUUGAGUCAGCUUUUUUCAAACUACUACAGGACCUGUUGGCUUUUGUCAGUCCUCAGAUUCUGAAAAUGAUGAUUGACUUUACCCAGGACAAAACGCGCCCCAUUUGGGAGGGCUAUCUGUAUGCAGUGCUGCUGCUGGUCAUGGCCAUUUUCCAGUCUGUGUUCCUACAGCAGUACUUCCAGCGCUGCUUUGUUCUGGGCAUGAAAGUACGCACUGCUAUCAUGGCAGCAGUUUAUAAAAAGGCCUUAGUUGUAUCAAAUGACAUACGUAAAGAGUCCACUGUUGGAGAGACGGUGAACCUGAUAUCAGCUGACGCUCAGCGCUUCAAUGACGUCACCAACUUCAUCCACCUGCUCUGGUCAUGCCCUCUGCAGAUCGCUCUGGCCAUCAUCUUCCUCUGGUUUGAGCUGGGACCCUCUGUGCUGGCAGGACUGGCAGUGAUGGUCUUAAUGGCCCCACUCAAUGGGUUUUUGGCCAGUAAAGCUAGAAAAAUCCAGAUUGACAACAUGAAGUACAAAGACAAAAGACUGAAAAUCAUGAAUGAAAUGCUCAACGGAAUCAAGAUCUUGAAGCUGUUUGCAUGGGAGCCCUCCUUUCAGAAUCAGGUAGAAGAACUCAGAGAGGAAGAGCUCAAAGUUUUGAAGAAAUUUGCCUAUCUCUCGUCUGUGGCUACUUUCAUCAUGACCUGUGCUCCUGCUCUGGUAUCAUUAGCCACUUUUGCAACAUUUGUCGGAGUGAGCCCAAACAAUGUCCUGACAGCGGCCAAAGCCUUUACAUCUAUCUCUCUUUUUAAUAUCCUUCGCUUUCCUCUGGCGAUGCUUCCCAUGUUAAUUGCAGCAAUGGUUCAAACGGUUGUAUCAAAAAAGCGUCUUGAGAAGUUUCUUGGAGGCGAAGAUCUGGAUAGUGACGUUGUGCAACACGACCCUUCUUUCAAAACUGCUAUUACUAUUUCUGGUGGUUCUUUUUCCUGGGAACAAGAGGCAGAGCCACUUCUGAAAAAUGUGUCCAUUGAGAUCAACUCGGGCAAACUGGUGGCUGUGGUGGGAGCUGUUGGCUCAGGGAAGUCUUCGCUCAUAUCAGCUCUUCUUGGUGAAAUGCACAAGAAAACCGGUUUAAUCAACGUCCAGGGUUCAUUAGCGUAUGUCCCACAACAAGCGUGGAUCCAAAACGCCACUCUGAGAGACAACAUACUGUUUGGCUCUGCUUAUGAAAAGGGCCAGUUUCAGCAGAUCAUUGAGGCAUGUGCCCUUGGUCCUGAUCUUGAACUGCUGGCUGGAGGAGAUCUUACAGAAAUUGGAGAAAAGGGUAUCAACCUUUCAGGUGGUCAGAAACAGCGUGUUAGCUUGGCCCGCGCUACAUACAGUGAAGCUGAUAUCUACUUGUUAGAUGAUCCCUUGUCUGCCGUAGACGCACAUGUAGGACAACAUCUGUUUGACAAAGUCAUUGGACCAAAAGGACUCCUCAAAGAUAAGACUCGUGUCCUUGUGACUCACGCUGUUAGUUUUCUGCCUUUUGUUGAUGAAAUUAUAGUCUUAAAAGAUGGAAUCGUUUCUGAAGUUGGAUCUUAUAACAGCCUUCGCGCGAGCAAGGGCGCUUUUGCCGAGUUUUUAGACACAUAUGCCAAAGAGCAAAGCAAUCAGGACCAAUCACACAGAGACGGCAACGAUGUAGAAAUGAUUCCUGAUACAGAGGACACUCAGAUAGACUCUCCUCUUGAAGACGCUAUUUCUGUUACAUUGAAGAGAGAAAACAGCAUCAGGCGAAGUCAACGUGGUGGCAGUGUGAGAUUAAGGGCCACAAGUUCAGUGAAAGAACCAAAAAAUGAACCCAUCAAAGGACAAAGGUUGAUUGAGAAAGAAGCUAUGGAAUCUGGACAGGUCAAAAUGUCGGUGUUCCUCCAGUACGUGCGUGCUAUGGGCUGGGGCUACACCAUCCUUGUGAUUUUCAUCUAUUUCAUACAAAACGUUGCCUUCAUUGGGCAAAAUUUGUGGUUGAGUGACUGGACUAAUGAUGCUAUUGAUUACGCCAACAUGACCUACCCAGCCUGGAAACGUGACACCAGGAUUUGGGUGUUUGGAGUGCUGGGAGUGGCUCAGGGCAUUUUCGUGUUUGUGGCCACAGUAUUUCUGGCCAAUGCUUCAGUUUCUGCCUCUCGAAUCCUUCACUCAAAGCUGCUCAAUAACAUACUGCGAGUUCCUAUGGUCUUCUUUGACACCACCCCCACAGGCAGAAUACUCAACCGCUUUGCAAAGGAUAUUUUCACAGUGGAUGAAGCUAUCCCACAAUCGUUCCGGUCUUGGAUCCUGUGUUUUCUUGGUGUCUUCGGUACAAUCUUUGUAAUCUGUCUGGCCACCCCUUUCUUUACCAUCAUUAUAGUCCCACUGGCAGUUAUCUAUUACUUUGUACAGCGAUUCUAUGUGGCCACUUCAAGGCAGCUACGUCGCCUGGACUCUGUGUCUCGAUCUCCAAUAUACUCUCAUUUUGGAGAGACAGUUUCUGGUCUGUCAGUGAUAAGAGCUUAUGGGCAUCAAGAAAGAUUUCUUAAUCAAAAUGAGAAAACAGUUGACGAAAACCUGAAGUCUGUUUACCCUUGGAUUGUGUCUAACAGAUGGGUUGCCAUUCGCCUGGAGUUUGUGGGAAAUCUCGUGGUGUUUUUUGCCGCGCUGUUUGCCGUCAUUUCCAGGAACAGUCUUGACAGCGGCAUGGUGGGACUGUCUAUAUCCUACGCUCUUAAUGUUACACAGACUCUUAACUGGUUGGUGAGAAUGACAUCAGAGCUGGAGACCAAUAUCGUUGCAGUGGAACGAGUGAGUGAAUAUGCAGAGAUUGAAAAUGAGGCACAAUGGAUAACUGACACAAGACCACCGGAAAAAUGGCCCGAAGAGGGAAAGUUGCAGUUUGAUAAUUUUAAAGUGCGUUAUCGACCUGAACUGGAUCUGGUGCUGCAUGGAGUUACAUGUUUCAUAGACAGCAAAGAAAAGAUUGGUAUUGUGGGCCGAACAGGAGCUGGCAAAUCAAGCCUCACUAACUGUCUUUUCCGGAUUAUUGAAGCAGCAGAGGGUCGGAUUCUUAUUGAUGGUGUUGACAUUUCUUCAAUAGGGCUCCAUGAUCUUAGAAGCAGACUUACAAUCAUACCACAGGACCCAGUGCUCUUCUCGGGCAGUCUGAGGAUGAAUCUGGAUCCAUUCAAUAAAUUCUCUGAUGAGGAGAUCUGGAAAGUACUGGAGCUGUCCCACCUUAAGAGCUUUGUGUUUGGGCUGGAGGAGGGGCUGCAGUAUGAAGUCGCUGAAGGGGGUGAAAACCUCAGUGUGGGGCAGAGGCAGCUCCUGUGUUUGGCUCGUGCGUUGCUCAGGAAGUCUCGGAUCUUGAUUUUGGAUGAAGCCACGGCGGCUGUGGACCUGGAGACGGAUGACCUCAUCCAGACUACCAUCCGUAAAGAGUUCUCUCACUGCACAGUGCUCACCAUCGCCCACAGACUCCACACUAUAAUGGACAGCUCCAGAGUAAUGGUGCUGGACGCGGGAAAAAUAGUGGAAUUUGACUCUCCAAGCAACCUUCUGGACAAACACAGCCAUUUUUAUUCCAUGGCAAAGAAUGCAGGGAUCACACAGACAGAUGUCACAGUUUUAUGAAGAGGCUUGUGUUUUACAGCUAAUUUUAUAUUCACAGAUCUUGUUUUGUGUUUUUGUAAAGCAAUGUUGGAAUCAUUUUGUGUAUCAGGGUAAUAAAAGAUCAGUAUUGUUGCCUAAAUGUGCCAGCAAAAUACUAUAACACUUAGUCUCACAGAUAAUAGCAGCCGUUUUACGUUAGUUCCAUGAGGCUUUAUGUCAUUUACGUCAUCCUUUCUUAUUAUGUGUUGGGAUUAGGGGCUGUAAUCUGAAAAGUGAUGUUAAGUGACACCAUCUCAGUCAUUAUUCAGAACGUAUUUUAUAUUCUCAGGCUAGACAUACUUGGAAUUUUGCUGCAGUGUCUCAGGUGUAUUUUGCUAAAUGCAUGUUCUAGCUGGAGUAAAGUAAAUCCUACUAAGAUGACCAAACAUUUGAUUAAAAAAAACAAAACACUAAAGGACAGUAUACGGUUUUCACUGUUGGAAAAUAUAUUCUGUGGUUUUGACGAGUGGUGAUGAAGUGCUCAAUUUUGUUACUCAAGUAAAACUACAGAUACCGCAGCAAAAAAAAAUACCCAAGUAAAAAUAUCACAUGAAAAAAUCCACGGGGUCAAAUUUGGCCACAGUUAAUUGCUGCUACCCAAAAUGAACAAACAAAAAAAAAACCCUGUCAAAUUUAACUUCAAAAGCCCAGAGUGCCACUUCUGGCCCCUGCACAGAGACACCCAGUAAAUGAACACUGAGCUAAAAUGAGCCAGAGUGGUAGUGACAAGAUGAUGACACAUGCUGUUUUGUUGAGCUUGAAAACUACCCAAACAAAAUCGUCUUCACAGUAAACCAUCAG